UUCCGGUAAAGCCCCGCCCCCUGCGCUGGGAUUGGCUGCUCCCGGAGCAGUCCGCCUGGCCAGCGAGUAGAAUUCCGGCCGCCCUCAGCACGAGCAAAGCUUGUGAGUGGCCGGUUCCCGAGCGGGGGGCGUGGCUUUGCCGGAGUACAGGUGGUGAAAGAUCCCCGAGAAAACAGCGCUGUUUUUAUGCGGCAUCAUGGCAAAGUUACACAGCCGAGGCUUUCGGGAGGAGCAGGUGUGCGCGCGGGGGCUGUCUGUUCAGCCCUGGAGGUGAGAGGAGAGCCUGCUUCCCCUCUCGUUCCCCCUCUCUUCCCUCCUCGUUGAGCGGAACAUUUUCCUCUUUUCCCCCCUCUUCUCUUCCAUCUCUAUUGGAUGUUCGCGGAGAUGGUGUCCAAGCUGACGUCUCUGCAACAGGAGCUCCUGAGCGCCCUGCUAGACUCUGGAGUCACCAGAGACGUUCUGGUCCAGGCGCUGGACGACAUGGAGCCCCGGCCGGCCGCGCUGGGGGUGAAGCUCGAGGGCGUUCAGACGUCCCCGGUCAGCGGCGAGACGGACUCGCACAAGCCCGUGUUCCACACGCUGUCCAACGGGCACGGCAGGGGGAAACUAUCCGGCGACGAGGGCUCGGAGGACGGGGACGAGUACGACACGCCGCCCAUCCUGAAGGAGCUCCAGGCGCUCAACACUGAAGAGGCGGCCGAGCAGAGGGCCGAGGUGGAGCGGAUGCUGGCUGAGGACCCGUGGCGCGCGGCCCGCAUGAUCAAAGGCUACAUGCAGCAGCACAACAUCCCUCAGCGCGAGGUGGUGGACCUGACCGGCCUGAACCAGUCGCACCUUUCUCAGCACCUGAACAAGGGCACGCCUAUGAAGACGCAGAAGCGCGCGGCGCUCUACACGUGGUACGUCAGGAAGCAACGCGAGAUCCUGCGACAAUUCAACCAAGCACCGCAAGGAUCUGGCAUUAAUAUGACAGACAAAGGCAGUCAGGAUCAGGUACUCCUUUUUUUCCCAGAGUUCAGUCAGCCUGGACAGAGUAUGGUGCAGCACGCAGAUGACGCCGCCACUGAACCCGCCCUCAAGAAGCUCAGACGCAACCGCUUCAAAUGGGGACCUGCGUCCCAGCAGAUCCUCUACCAGGCAUACGAACGGCAGAAGAACCCAAGCAAAGAGGAGCGGGAGGCUCUGGUGGAAGAGUGCAAUCGGGCGGAGUGUCUCCAGAGAGGUGUGUCUCCAUCCAAAGCCCAAGGGCUCGGCACCAACCUAGUCACAGAGGUACGUGUCUACAAUUGGUUCGCCAACCGGCGCAAGGAGGAGGCCUUCAGGCAGAAGCUGGCGAUGGACGCGUACACCGGUCAAGCGCACAGCAUGAACCCCCUCCUCUCGCACAGCUCGCCACACCAUCCUCAGGCCAGCACUUCACCGCCUAGCAAGAUGCAAGCUAUCAGGUACAACCAGGGCCCAGGUGAAGUCAGCUCCUCCACUACCAUCAAUCAUCACAGCAGCAACGGCAUGGCGAGUGGCCAGUCUGUGUUGCAGCAAGUCUCUCCUGGAGCACUGGACCCAGGCCACGGCCUGCUGUCACCUGACGCCAAGAUGAUCUCAGUAUCAGGUGGAGGUCUUCCACCAGUAAGCACCCUGACCAACAUCCACAGCUCCCAUCACCCUCACCAGCAAACACAGAACCUCAUCAUGCCUAUCUCUGGAGUCAUGGCUAUUGCCCAGAGUCUGAACACGUCACAGGCACAGACAGUGCCAGUUAUCAACAGUGUGGCAGGCAGUCUGGCAACUCUGCAGCCUGUCCAGUUCUCCCAGCAGCUGCACAGCUCCCACCAGCAGGGCCUCAUGCAGCAGUCCCACAACCACAUGAGCCAGCAGCCCUUCAUGGCCACUGUCACGCACUCACACAUGUACCCACACAAGCAGGAGCCGCCACAGUAUUCCCACCCCUCACGCUUUCCCUCUGCCAUGGUGGUAACGGACACCAACAGCCUUAGCACCCUCAGCUCAAUGUCCUCCACCAAGCAGGAUGGUCCUGUAAACAAGAUGGUGCAACUGGGGGGUCUCUCCUGGCAGUGCCCUCUGCAAGCCUGGUGAUCACGUCCACCUGACUUCCUAGGUGCCUAGCAACAGGAGUGCAUUUUCCUCUCCCCCCGUAUCUGUGGCAACUUUAACCAGCCGCUAAUAACUGGCAACCGGCAUCCUGGACGAAGAGACGGUCAAUAAAGCAGGACCCGUGUUGGAGGAGAGCAAGCUUGACAGCGAGAACGGACGCUAUGGCUUGGUCUUUUCACCAUAGAAGGAUGGGAGGAGUAUCUGGAUGCUCUCUUUCAGCUGAUCAACAGUGGGACAUGAAAUCUCUGACCAAGCCUUCUGUUAUAGUGUUUUGCUUCUUUGUUUGAGAGACACGAAUGGAGAGAUUCAUGUACAUUGUUCUGCAUGGAUGAUCCACCUUUGAGGAACAAAUGGAGAAUUGUAUUGGAGGUGCACAGCAGAAGGAUCCACACCUACCUAAUGUUCCAGAGGAAGCCUUUGGUUUUAACCAGCCUGCCUCUGGACGUAGGGGCACAAAACUUUGCCUUACACAACCGUUCAUAUCCAAAGACGUAUCUUUCAUCAAGGAGCUCACCUAAACAUGGACAUUGCCUAAUCAAAUUGUCCAUUAAACGACAAUCAAUGUAUUUUGUUCUAGAAGUAUUGGUUAGUCUUUACUGCCCUUUGCUAUUCCACACAUAGUAAAAGUGCUGGUGUUAAAUUAACUCCUGCAACUCCUUUGAAUUGAACACUGUGGGCUGCACAUGCAUCAUAGCGAGUCUUCCACUGUGAGUAGUUAAUAUGAGCAGGCACUGUUCUGUACAGAUGUAAAUACAAAUAACUAUUAUGCCAUUUCUUUGAAAGAUGUACAUAUUCAAGGUCUGUAUCGUCGAUGUUUGCUGUUCUUUUUUGUCUUUUUCAACAUAUAAACUGUGAUUUAGAGACGACAAUCUUUAGAACAGGAAGGACUAUGCAAUGUAGCGGAAAGCACAAAGAAACCGGGAUCAGCCCACAUCAAAAAGCAAACCAUACACUUAGAAAAAUAAGGUUUACAUGGUUCUUUGACUUGUAAACAGUACGUUCUUUAAAGCGCUCUUUAAGGGUUCUUCAGUAAAGGCAGCGGUUUCAUAUAGACAAUUGAACACUUUAACUGUGGUUCCUUGCCUGGUGAAAUGGUUCCUUCACAUUGAUGGAGAAUGUGCUUCUAUAUAGGACCUUUUUGGAAAAACCAAAAAUGGUUCUGCUAUCAUUAUGAUGUCAAGCUUGUAAGAGAAGGAGACCCUUUUUAGUGUUAAAUAGAACCAUUUUUUACAACACGUUCUCCAUCCAUCUGAAGAACCAUUUCUCCACGCAGUGAACCCUUUAAGCUGACAAACUGAGUGUCCAUGGUUCUUCACGGAACCAUUGUCUUUACUAAAGAACCAUCUUUUUUUAGUGUAGCGGAACCCUUUUUAGUGCUAGAUGAUACCAUUUUCAAAAAGGUUCUUUAAAGAAUCAACAGGUUUUCCAUCAGAAAGAACCAUUUAGCCAAAGGCAAAGAAUAUUCAAGCGUUCAAACGAUUCUUUGAGUGCUCACUUUUCCGUUGCCUUUACUAAAGAACCCUCGAAGAGCCAUUUCUAAGAGGUCUAACCAGGCCGUCCAUUGACUAGAAAGGGAAGAACAGAACUUCACAGCAAAGCGUCUUUGCUUUGUUUGUUCUACUCGUUACUCCAUCAGUUCCCCAUAUUCUCGUAUCUGAGGACGAUCCCAUAAAACCAUAUAACACAGCGUGCUUUUAGAUAUUACGGCAGUUUAAGAGUCUCUUGCUGUAUCAGUGUGUAGGCUGAUAAAUGUGAGGGUUGAGGUUAGAUGUCUCAGCCUGGUCCCCAGGUGAAACAGUAUUAGCCACCUAUGCAACUGAGGUAACACAAAGCUUUCAGUAACAAGCUGCAAAUUCAAACCGUUCGCAUUUCACAGUCAUUUAAGAAAAAGUGUUAUGUGGAUUCUUUAAAAGGAAAAAGAAGAGAUUAAAUAUCUGGUCAGGUUAUAUCUGUCGCCUUUCCUUCUCUUAGCUCCCACCUGUCUUCAGCCCUUUUUGUGCAUCCCAUACUUACUAUUAAAAGGUCACUAAACGUAUUUUUGAUGCAUUUACUGGACAUAUACCUACUGCCGUUUUGGUUACAGCGCCACUCAACCCAAAACCAUGUGAUUCUCUCCUUGUGUUAUUUUUGUAUAAAAUGAAAAUCAAUGAAAAAUCAUUAUUUAUACUGUGAGGAAAAAAAAAAGCUGAUGUUUCAAGUAAAGGCUCUUCCCAAGAUUGGUAA